AUGUCGGAGCUCCGAAAACCAAAUGGCAUUUGGAAAAUCCGGAAAAUUGGGCCGUCAAGCAAAGAUUCUCAUGAGAGUUUAAAUUUUUGUCUCUCAAACUUGGCCAAAAAUGUUGAUGGCCAGCUGUCCCCGAAAGCUCUACGUGCUGCGAAGUUGAAGACUCGAUUCGCUGACACUACCCCGAAAGGGAAACGAACAUUAUCCUAUCAUGAGUAUAAAGAUGAUCCUGUGGGAUUACAAAAGGAAAAACAAAGACUACAAAGGAAGCAGCGUGAAGAGAUGGCCAGGAUUAAAUCUCAAAUCAAUACUGAACAAAGAGACUUGAGAUUGCAGCGGGAGAGAGAAAGGGAAGCUGCCAGAAUCGCAUUAGAGGAGAUGAAAAAAACUGUUGAGUUCAAUGAUUUUUGUACCGUCUUAAAAGAUUUUGAGCAGUUAAUUGGUUGUUCGCUUCCCGAUCAAAGAGUGGUCUGGCCUGGUUUUAGAAGGCGUUGA